UGUCAGCUCUGUGGGUGAUGAGAGCAGGUUAAACGCUUCGCUGGCGUUGUUAUCCUCCUGUGCCAGCAGUGAGAAAGUUAGGGUUAGGCUUAUAGCGUCUCCGUUAUGGACGGCUGCCCGGCUCCACUCGUCGUCAUCGCGUUUUCUCCAGCGUCCUCCUGCGUAUGCAUGCAUGCGACCGAAGGGCUGAUUUCAUAACGUGAGGAGGAAGAGAGGAAUGGGGUUCUGAGCACGGAUGAGCGCCAGACCCCGCUAGGCUGUGUGCGCCAACAGCGUUAUCUUUAUUCCCGGGCCAUGCAGAAGGCGCACUGAGGGAGAUGCGGUAUAGUGGAGGCUGCUGAUGCUGCGGGCAAAUCAGCUGUUAGGCCUAUUUUGCGUCUUGAGCAUCAUCGCCGCGACGGCCAAAGAGACAGAGACACCAGGGAUACCGCAGAGCGGAUAACAGAGGAUGGAGUUCAAGCAUCUGGUGGAGGCGGCGGAGAAGUGGUGCUCCGGUAACCCCUUCGACCUCAUCUUCGCCGAGGAGGACGACGAGAGGCGGCUGGACUUUUACGCAGAGCCCGGCGUCUCUUUCUACGUGCUGUGUCCCGGCGGCACCGACAGCUUUCAUGUGUGGAGUGAGAGCGAGGACUGCCUUCCCUUCCUCCAGCUGGCCCAGGACUACAUCUCCUCCUGUGGGAAGAAGACUCUGUUGGAGGUGCUGGAGAAAGUCUUCACAUCCUUCAGGCCUCUGCUGGGUCUCCCAGACUUAGAGGACGACAGUUUUGAGCAUUACCACGCUGACGUGGAGGGGGAACCCGGGCCCGACCACCAGCAGAUGGGGGUCAGCCAGCAGUGAUAAUGCCCAAGGAGAAGCCCGGGCCUCAACACAUUAAGCCCAAUCACUUAAUGACACACAUUCGUACAUAUUUAAAGUGAACUUGCUUUAAAAAAAAACAAAACAAAACAAAACAAAAAAAAAUUGCACCGCCAUGUUCUUGAAUGUCUCAGUGGCUUUGCUUCCCAAAGAGUGCACGCUGCGGCACUUUUUUUCAGCCCCCUCCCCUUUGCCUCUCAAAAUAAAAUGAACACACUUACACAAAAAUUUGGAGGCUACGUGAGCAGUAGCCAUGUACAAAGCAAGUAUCUUAAUCAUUCACCAUCUGGUUAGUUAAAGUUCCACAGCACAGCAAUAUUACAUCAGCCUCAGCUGUUUCUUAUGCAGGAAUACAGUCAGAUGUUACCGCAAUACCCACUCCCCCCCACCACCAACCCCCUCUCAAACGGGGAGAUGAAUGUUGCAGAUAGCCUGCUUUCUUUACCUGACAUACGAAGGGGUGAAAACUAACGGUUUGUGGCAACGUGAGGCAAUCGGCGCUCUAGCAAAGUUCAUUUUCCACCUCGUGGAGGGAAAGAGGGAGGGAACUGAAAAACGGCUCUCAGACCCUUCCCUGUUUUAAACACACGCUUAGAGAAGUCAUAUAGGAAACCGUUUUAAAGACGUUUUACAGUCGCUCCUCGCGUGGAAAUCAAAGUGUGCAGCUUUACAGUAGCAUGGAACCUUUUUUUCCCCCCACCCCCAUCCCCAAGGUGUGUUUGUGUUAAUGUUUCCAAAUGCAGCACACCUCAAAAGACUUUCAAGUCACUUUAUGAGGAUGUUUUAAUCAUGUAAUUAUGGUAUGACCGUCACAGCUAUGACCCAUGAUGCAGCUUGAUAAGCCCUUACCCAGACUGGGUGUCCUAGACUGCCCCCUUCCAAGUUCUUGUAUCCAGUAGUCUUCCUGGUUGUUGGUGGUUCACACUUUGCCCUCUUUUCUCGGCAGCAUCUGAGGAGAUACCUUCUUUAAAGCUUGUACAUCAUCAUAAAUGUAAUAAGGGCACACACCCAGACCCCUGAGUGGUAUCACAGGGAAGGGGGAACAUAUUUGUUGUUAGCCACCCUCAGCUUAGCCUUGUUACUUUCUAACCUCAGUAUUGUAGUGUCACACCUGAUGCACUGCAACGCUUCAGGCCACCCACGCCCACCCACAGCUGCCUUCAACCACUAGAUCUACAUGCAAGACUCUUUCAGACCUUUUACCCAUUUACUUUUUUUGGCUUGUACAGUUUUGUCUUCUUUGUUGCCUGGGCGUUCCUCAUUCAGUGUAUCUUUUGUUUGUCCUCAUGUGUGUGAAACUGGUCAAUAAACAGUGUGAACAGAG